UCGAUCGAAACAUAUCAUAACACGGAAGCCGAAAUUAAUUUAUUUUCAAACGUUACACACAUCAUACAGUGCCACACGGAUGGUCAAAAUAGGAAGUGCAAUGAGUUACGAGUUUUUAGACACAAAAUAACACACACGCACAGAGUUUGAGUGCCUAAUUAUGCUGAAUAAUUGACUUGUAAACACAAUACAAUCAUCAUGACAGAAUUAAAAGCGUGUAAAGUGUGUAACAUCGGCCGGCAGAAGUGUUACGGGCUGGCAGUGACAUCUCUGGAUCAGCUCAAAAUAAAAGGAUGUGAGGCUCUUGGGUUCAGUCCUUGUACAUCAGUCACAGUAGUGCUAGAAUAUGAUGGGACCGUCAUAGAAGACGAGGAUUACUUUCUGUGUCUGCCUGCAAAUACGAAGUUCAUGCUAUUGCAUGACAAGGAAACGUGGUCGCCUGCCCAUCAAGUUGACAGAGGAAUUGCAGGGCCUAGCAGAGAGUCUGUUCAUCUGAUAUUAGGUGCAGUGGACAAUGUUGAUGGGGCCGAAUGCUGGCACCGUUUGGCAGAGCAGCUCAGACAGGACCUGGCCAGCAUUAUCCUCAUGUCCGAGGCUGAUCUGCAGAGUUUGAUUGAUGUGCCGUGCUCCAAUCUGGCCUCAGCACUGGGCUUCUCACAGCAGAAAACACAGGUCCUGCAGGACACAUUGCAGAGAAUGCUAGACCGCAGGGAAGAGGAGCGACAGUCCAAAGAAUUGCUGCAGCUCUAUCUGAAAGCUAUGGAGCAAGAAAACAGCCAAGAUCCACAAGAAAAAAGCACUAAACUGGAUGAGACAGAUGGGGUGCAGGUGGAGUCCGUGGUAGGGUUCAGUUCCAGAACACUAAUGGUGCUGAAGGACAAAACCCAACCAGAGACCAGACUCUCCAAUGAGGAACUACAGAUGGUGUUGAGGCUGGGAGUGAAGAUCAUGAUGGAGGUAUUGGGCUGGGACAGUGAGAGGGCAGCAUUACUUGUGCAGGCUUGUGAGUGUGAGCUCAGUAAACGUCUGCAGCAGGUUCAGGCCCUGCAGUCCCUCAGAGCUCAAUGCCAGUCCAUUUCACAACCACAGACUGAGGGAGAGACCAGAGCCAAACGCCGCAAAUAACAAACAUACUGAGUAUAUAAAAUGCAGACUGGUCAAUAAUCUUGGACCGUUUUACUACAGUUCAUAUAAUAAACAAACGUUUAUACAGAUUUUGGUUUGUGAUUAUCUUGAUAAUGGCUAUAUAGUCUAGUAAGUGAUAAAUGUCAAAAGUCACAAUUAACUUUGAAUUGUAUUUUAUGUUAUAUAGAUUAAUAAUUAUUUCAUGUUUUCAGUCAUCCACUGAAAACAUGAAAUAAUGCUUUGAAACAAGAAGUGGUAUUGAUCUGUAUGAUAUUCCAUCUUUCUCAUUUAUUAUCUGUAAAGUGGCCCAUGAACCCAUCUUUAGAGGGGUUGUUUGGUGAUAUCAGGAAGCUGUGUUAAAAAAAAAAGUUAAUUUGUUAAAUAAAAAACAAGCAAACAAAAAAAUCAGCUGUUUAAUUACAAGUUAAUUUGUGGAAUAAUUUUGUAUUUAUUUUUUUUAAGCAGGUAAUUUAGAAAUUCUAAUGUUAAUUGUUUUGUUUUUCUAAAGGGUAGUAUUCUAUCCAUUGAUUCAUUCCAGUCCAAAUGUAGUGUCCUUUUAUAUAUUCUGGAUGACAUUUCUAUGCUUAAUAGCAUUUAAUUCAGCAUUUAUUAUAUUGCUCAGUGAAGGAGUGGAUGCGAUCAUUUUGUGGUAUUGCAAGGUUCACUAAAUGUGUCAAAUUGAAAAUGUUAGCAAUUAAUGCCAUGGGGUGCAUGCUUAUUUUUUCUGUUGUACAGUUCACUUACACUUGCUGGAACAUCAUAUGAUUAAAAACAAUUUUGGCCAAAUAAAAUGAUAACUCUUUG